AUGGCAAAAGGUCUUGAUGACCUUCUCUCCUUGACGUCCCAGUCUCACAAAUUGGCUCAAUCUCAAGAGACCCAACACCAAAAUCAAGCAACUAACCCUUGCUCAAACUCAAAGAACCCCUCGUGGAUGUGGAACGCUAAUCAAACCCAAGAAGAGGAUGACUCGUGGGAGGUUAAGGCUUUUGCGGAGGACACUGGGAACAUGAUGGGCGCGACUUGGCCGCCGAGGUCUUACACUUGCACUUUCUGCAGGAGAGAGUUCCGUUCCGCGCAGGCGCUCGGAGGACACAUGAACGUGCACCGCAGGGACCGUGCCAAGCUCCACCAGUCUCAGUCAUGCCCGUCUUCUGCCACUCCACCGAUCGUGAUCCCAGCCAGCGAAUUCGUCGCCAAUGGAGGGCUGUGCUUUCUUUACCAAUUACCUAGCGCUAAUGGCAUCUUCAACGCUUCAUCGUCACCUUCCACUCUCCUCUCAAUCUCACCUUAUCCACCUAACACCAACAAUCUCCCAUCUCCUUCCCAAAGUUACACCAGAAAAGAUGAAACUGGAGGUUCUAAGUCACCUAAGGUCGAUGACACUAGCAACAACUCCGAGGACUCCGCCAUGGACGGGCUUGAUUUGGAGCUUCGACUAGGACAUGGACCAGCGGUAUCUCAACGAUAG